AUGGCAUCCAAUACUUUUCGUGACUCGAUCAACGCGCUUGGUUGGAGUCGCAACAACGAUGAAACUGCCAACACUUCACCGCAGCAACGGCUGCUGUCCUCCAUACAAGGCCUGAACCCGUUCGGCGACCGUGGAUACAUGCGCCUGCCCACCACCGAGGGCGCCGGCGCACCCUUGCCGGCGCCAAGUCGUCGAGCCGAGGAGGAGGGCUACUUUGUUCUGAGUAGAUGGGACCGGCUGCUGGUCUUUGGGGCAUGCAACAUCGCCGCCCUCGCUUGCUUCGCCAUUUGCUUCACUCUCUUCCCCGUUCUCUCGUGGAAACCACGCAAGUUUGUCACUUUGUGGUCCGUCGGUUCGCUGCUGUUCCUGGCGUCGUUUGCGGCAAUGAUGGGCCCUCUGAACUACGUCUACCACCUCAUGUCGGCGCCCAGAUUACCCUUUACCGCCGCGUACUUUGGAUCCAUCAUCUUGACGCUGGUCUUUGCCUUGAAGCUCAAGAGCACCAUCCUCACCCUCUUCUCCGCUAUUUUUCAGAUAGCCUGCUUGCUGUGGUAUCUGAUCAGCUACUUUCCCAUGGGUUCUGCUGGUCUCCGCCUGGCAGCUUCCUUUGGGACGAGACAGGCCACGGCAUGGAUGGGAGGGUAG